CAACACGGGGGAGACGGGCACGCGCAGCGCAGUAACUGUUUGCCGCCAGUCAGUUUUGUCGUUCACAACCGCGACACACGUCUUCUAAAUUUUAUUACUGGAAACGAGUAAAUUUGGUUGAAAUACGUUUAUUUUUCAGUUUGUUUGUGCUCGUACUGGUUUAUACCUCAUCCGGAAGCGGUCUGUGGAUUUGUUUUAGUCGCUCGUUUGUGGACUCGCGACUGUAUAUUUCUCUAGGCCGCAGUUUCAGAGAUUAACAACAACAACAACAUGGCCGAUGAUUUGGACAUUGAAGCAAUGCUAGAGGCUCCUUAUAAAAAGACUUGCCUAUAUCUCACCUCUACUCCCAUGAAUUCCAGUGUGAACUGUCAAAAAAAUGAAGGAUGACAACAAGUCCUUAAGUACCAAUGGCCACGAGGAGCGGAGCAAGAAGAAAAAGAAGAGCAAGAGUCGCAGCAGAAGCAAGAGCCGGGAGAGGAAAAGAAGCAAAAGUCGUGACCGUAAGAAGAGUCAUGACCGCAGACGGAGUCGCAGUAAAGACCGGAAGCGCAGCCGCAGCAAAGAGAGGCGCCGUAGCCGUUCCAGGAGCAGGGAGCGUGGCGGUCGUUACAAACCUCCUUUUUCUGGCCUGAAAUUUAACGGUGGUCCCAGGGGGAAGACUGGCCCCCCACCUGCCAUCAAACUAAGCCGCAGAAGGUCCAGAAGCAAGAGUCCCUUCAAGAAAGACAAAAGCCCUGUGAGACUGCCUAUUGAUAACCUCACGCCCGAGGAGAGAGAUGCACGCACAGUGUUCUGCAUGCAGCUGGCAGCUAGAAUCCGACCACGAGACCUGGAGGAAUUCUUUUCUGCAGUGGGAAAAGUGAGAGAUGUGCGAAUCAUUUCUGACAGAAACUCCAGAAGAUCCAAGGGUAUUGCUUACAUUGAGUUUGUGGAUUCCACCUCUGUACCUUUAGCUAUUGGCCUGUCUGGACAAAGACUUCUUGGAGUACCCAUCAUUGUCCAGGCUUCACAGGCUGAAAAGAACAGAGCAGCUGCUUUGGCCAACAACUUGCAGAAGGGCAGUUCAGGACCCAUGAGGCUGUAUGUCGGCUCAUUGCAUUUUAACAUAACAGAGGACAUGCUCAGAGGGAUCUUUGAACCAUUUGGAAGGAUUGAUAGUAUUCAGCUGAUGAUGGACAGCGAAACAGGAAGAUCCAAAGGAUACGGCUUCAUCACAUUUUCUGAUGCUGAAUGUGCUAAGAAGGCUCUGGAGCAGCUUAAUGGCUUUGAGUUAGCGGGCAGGCCGAUGAAAGUAGGACAUGUGACAGAGCGUACUGACGCAUCCACUGCAAGCUCCUUCCUGGACAAUGAUGAGCUGGAAAGGACAGGCAUUGAUCUGGGAACUACUGGGAGACUUCAACUAAUGGCCAGACUGGCUGAGGGUACUGGUCUGCAGAUUCCACCCGCUGCACAGCAGGCUCUUCAGAUGAGUGGCUCAAUGGUAGCCAUGGCUGCUGCUACUGCUGCUAUGAACCCUGGGUUGAGUUUUAACAUUAAUGUGCCCACAAACCAAGCUUUGAAUCUACCAUCCCAACCAAUCGCAACACACUGCUUCCAGCUUUCCAACAUGUUUAAUCCAAACUCAGAAAAUGAGCAUGGUUGGGAAGUUGAAAUUCAGGAUGAUGUCAUUGAGGAGUGUAACAAACAUGGAGGAGUCAUACAUAUAUAUGUGGACAAGAAAUCCGCUGAAGGUAAUGUCUAUGUGAAGUGUCCAACCAUUCCUGCUGCUAUGGCUGCAGUUAGUGCAUUACAUGGACGCUGGUUUGGAGGUAAAAUGAUCACAGCAGCUUACGUCCCUCUUCCUACAUAUCACAAUCUUUUCCCAGAGUCUGUGCAAGCCACACAGCUUCUUAUGCCCAGUCGCCGGUGAUCCCUCACUCUUCAAAACAUUUUUCAAUAUUUCUUUUUAACUUUUGGACAAAAGUAACAGUUCUGCAAACUGAGGCACAGUUGUUUUGUUACCUUUUAAGUUGGUUACAAAACUGGUAAGGUUUAAAGUUUCACCUGCAUAGUGUCCUUACUGGUCUUGGACAUUUAAAAGAAAGAAGUUCUGUGAUUUAAAAAGUUUCCUAUGUACAGUCUACUUAUUGAAUUUUGUCUUGAUCUUUUAUUAAUUCUUUUCGUCUACAUAUAUUGUCUUUGUGAUAUAUCUAAUUGGCAUGUUUCCCACUUGAGGAAGUAUACAAUUUGCUACACACGAAAUACAAGUCUUGAAUGAUUUGAAACCCAACAAUUUACAUCAAACAUUAACAUAUUCAAGUUUUUGGCUCUAUGAGCUGUGGGAAUUCAAUGGCUGACAAAUAUCUUUUGUUCAUUUAGAGACCUGAAGGUUUAGAGGCAUCUUGUUUUUCUAAUCCAGAUUUGAUUUUGUAAAGUCCUUGAUGAAAGUUCAUUUCAAAUAAAGCCAAAAUACUAA